UUCCCCUUUAAAAAGCUAGCUCCCGGCAGACACCCACGAACUCCUAUCACCUCUCCUGAGAGAGCCGAGACAAAGCCAAAUUCCUCUUCCCCCGGCCGCCACACGCCAAAUUAAGAUCGAUCGAAUUCCGCUCGCUCGCUUGCUUAAUUGCUAGCCCUAGCUAGCCUUGCAUGCGGUGCAUGGCCCAGGAGGGCUCCGAGGCCUCCGUCGCGAGCUCGCCGCCGCCGCCGCACCCGCCCUCGUCUUCUUCCUCGGCGUCGGCGGGCGCCUCCUGGUGGCGCGGCGACAUGCACCCUAAUUACUCCUCCGCCACCCCGGCCUGGCCUCCGCCCUCUGCCGCCGCCGCCGGGCCACGCUGGCCACCGCUGCCGCUCGCCCACCACCAGCAACAACACCAGCAAAGGACGUCGUCCUCUGGCGCCGACGACGACAUGUCGGCCUCCAACGCCACCAUGCAGACCUCCUUCACCAGCCACCACUCCGGGAUCAGCAUCGACGAAUCCUCCGCCGCCGCCGCCGCGGCAGCCGAGAGCCACCUCUGGAACCAAGUCCUCAUGGGCGCCGGGGGCGCUGAGGUGGCGAGGAGCAUGCAGGCGGUGCACGACGCUCACGGCGACGACGACAGCGAGAACUUCCUGGAGCUGCUUAACUCGCGGACGCUCGCCCCGGAGCUCUUCGCGGAGCCGCCGGCCUGCGACUACCUCAAGAAGAUGGAGUACGGCGCAUCAUGGGCGCCGCCUCCGGACCACCAGUUCACGGCAGCGGCCACCAACAUGGAGAAGCACCACCAGAUGGACUACAUUAACGCGCUCGCUCACCAGCAGCAGCAGCAGCAGCAGGAGCGUGGGCUGACGACGGCGAACCUGUCGGACCUGGUGAGCAACUGGUCCAUCGCGCCGCCCAGCCCGUGCCACGGCGGCGGCGGCGGCGCCAAGGCCCUCUUCCUCGACUCCGGCGGCAACGUCAAGCACGAGAUGGGCCACGGCCAUGGCGCCGGGCCCGGGAUGCUGCAACAGCAGGAAGCGGCUGGUGGGCCAGGGAGCAGCGGCCAGGACUUCGUGAGGCCCGUCGGUGGGAUAGGGUCGUACAGCCCCAUGCUAGGGCUCAGCAGCAGGAUGUACGGCGGCUCCGGCGAUUCCAUGGUGGACGUGCAGUGGGCUGGGCCUGGGAGCAAUGGUGACAGGACGACGAGCCUGUCGGACUUGAUAUCGUUCGGCGGGGCCAUGGGGAAACCGGCCCCGGCUGCUGCGUCGCCGGGGAAGACUAGUUCGUCGGGGGAGUACAAGAAGAUGUCGUCGCCGGUACGUGCCAAGACGAGCAGUGGCGGCGGGGGCGGCAAGGGGAGCAGUGCGUCGUCAGGCGAGGGGAAGAAGAAGAGAUCGGAGGAGCAGCAGCAGGGGUCAGAGGGGAGCGUGAAGAAGUCCAAGCAGCAGCAGCAGGAAGCCUCCUCGCCCACCUCGUCCCUCAAAGCGGCGCAGGUGCCGAAAGUAAAACUAGGAGACAAGAUAAACGCGCUGCAGCAGAUCGUUUCACCGUUUGGGAAGACUGAUACGGCAUCAGUUCUAUAUGAGGCCAUAAAUUACAUUAAGUGGUUGCAUGAACAAGUGCAGCUGCUGAGUGAUCCUUACAUGAAGUCAAGUAGUAGCAAGGAUUACAACCCAUGGGGAGGGUUGGAUAGGAAGGAGAAGGCGGAGGCAGAGGCUGACCUGAGGAGUAGAGGGCUGUGCCUGGUGCCGGUCUCCUGCACGCCACAGGUGUACAGGGAUAGCAACGGCCCGGAUUACUGGACCCCGCCCUACAGGAGCUGCUUAUACCGAUGAAUUCCAUUGCCACGUGUUAUUAUUUCAUUAUUAUAAUAUCAUUAUUGUUUACUGCACGGUGAAUAAUUUGUGGUGAAGAUACAUGUGGUUAGAGAAAAGACAAAUGAUAAGGUUAAAUUUAGAGUUGUAUUUGUGUGUGUACCUUAGGACCACAACUUAUGUAACACCAACAUGAAGUACUUUUAACUGUGCUGAUUCUUUCUACUCCAGAGAACAGAGCUAUAAGAUCAGUUUUAUCGAGGUGGUGAUUUCAUAUGUACUGAA